CUUCUACACCCCCACCCCACCCCCUAACCCUCCAACUCUUCCAUUUCAAAAAAACCAUCGUACAAAAAGCGAAAUACAAACUUUUUUUUUUUUUGUUUGUUUGUGUUCUUUUUCCCCCCUCUUUGCUUUGCUUCCUCCACUGCUUGUUCCGCCAAGGGGACAACAAACUAGCAUCCACAUCUCCCGCUGCUUCGAACCGAUUCCCUUCGUUCGGACUGUACAUAACCUUCGCACGCUGGAGAGUGUUUGGGUCUAGUUCAGCAAACAAUACGUUUGGUUUGUUGAAAGUGCGCGCUCGCGAUUUUCUGGUCGCCUCUGCUUGCUCAUCAGCCAAUUUGCCCCCCCCCUACCGCCUCCGCUGGCCUCGAUUCGCUUUCGCUCUGUUGCGUGAUUGCACACGUCUCCUGGUCUGGUCUGAUCUCCCAUUCCGUCCCAUUCCGUCGCUCUCCAAUCGAUUGAUCGCUCAACAAUCCGUUUUCGCGUCAUCAAGUUUAUUCCCCCCGAUCAGUCACUCUUUUUUUGUUCUCCCGCCUUCCCGCCUUUCCGUGCCAUUGUGACCAAAGCCAUGAGUGCCCGCAAACUCAAAGUCAUGCUCAACCGCGCGGUGAAGCAGCAGCUGCCGACCCCGCACAGCACUACCGUUCGUACGUCCCCAGCAGCCCCGUCUGGCGAUCUCCAGACUGCCUCUGCUCCCGCGCCCACAGUGAACGAGUUGCUCGCUCGUUACCGAGCACAGGACCCACGACACAAGUCGAAGGCUCAAGUCUCAGAGGCCAGCAACGCUUUGUCGUCCGUUGAGCGCCUCAGUGCCCAUAUUCUUCAAGACGAGCGUCGCGCACGCGAGGCCCUGUUGGAUCGUGCUCGUCGCGCCGUUGCAGCCGGACCCCCUGCGCCGAAAUCCUGGAACUUACUUCGCGAAAUUUGCGUCCGACGGAGCAGCAGAGGCUCUUCUGCUGCAAACUCGCCCCCUGGGACAGUGCCAAUGCUUGAGACGCUCGCGGCUCGGAAGGUCGCGCAGAUGCUGCCCACCCUUUCUGUCACGGACUUGCAGGAUUUGUACUGGGCGCCCAUCCUGAUCCGGGAGAUUGUGUAUCAGUCGGCCAUCCGUGCUGGCACCUUGACGGAUGACGUGCUCGUAGUGCUGCUCCAUCUCGACGACGGUUACCGCUCGGUGGACGUGUCCAACAACUCGUCGGUGACGAACGCCGGUCUGCUGAGUGUUCUUCCGCCGGCCGCCGACCCAGACGCCGAAAGCCUUGCUGAUCUCGAAACCUGGGAAGAUUUGUUCGAUGAUGUUGGCGGCUUGGAUCAGCACGAGCAGUGUCGCUCGAUUGUCCUCCCAGUAACGCCUGCCGCCAGUCCCGUGGGUUCGAUCAGCGCGGCCCCGAUCGCCAUUCCGCUGCAGCAGCCUGCUUCUACCUCCUGCCAACAGUCCCACGGGCAGGAGUCGCCGAGUGGAAGCUUGCCCAGUCGACCCGGUUCUUCCUGGAAUCGCGACGCGUGCUCUGAGGCUGGACGCCACGUCUCUACCCCGACCGCAAUACGUCGAGUACCACCCCGCCGCUCCCGGGACCCGUUGCAACAGCUGCAGUUUGAUAUGGAUGACGUGUUGGAGGACGUUUCUUCGGCGCCCGAGCUGCCCAUCAGCAACCGCGAAGCCAAGCCCGCCGCUGGCAGUAGUACCGCCAAGAGUUCCGACUGCGCCGAUGCAGGUCUGGGACAACGACCGCGCGGCCGUUCUCAAUCCCAGCCAGCGUUGACGUUGGGUCGUCGGCAAGUCUCGACAUCAGCGCCCUCGUCGGCCACGGCCUUGUCCACGUCGCCACCCAUGCCGCGAGGGAUUGGCGGGUUUUCUCUGCGUGCCUGCACCGUUCAUAUCGUGACGCUUGACAUGUCUUUCAGCCUGGGCAUUAUCGGCGGAGGGGCCUUUGUGCGACAACUGGCUGAGCGCCUCCCUGCGUUGGCUGAUUUGCGCAUUGCCGGCUGCUUUGAUGAAGAGACCGGGCCUGAGACGCUCUUAACUAUAUUCGGGGCAUUGACCAACCUUGUCUAUCUCGAUGCGAGCAAAAACUACUGGCUUUCGGGCGCCGAACUGGACUAUCUGGUUCGAAAGACGCCGCCUCCUCAGUCGCUGCUUCCACGGCUGAGUGCGUUUGUGCUUGCAGGCUGCCCCAUGCUGCGACACGAGCAUUUGCAUGCGUUGGCUGUGGCUCGUCCGAGUUUACAAAUUCUGUGACCUCGAGUUUUUUUUUUUUUCUUGUUCCUUUGGCAUUGCAAUACAAAAAUCAGGCCAACAUCCUUUACC